CCCAGAAUGACCGACAAGUCCCUCCAAGGCAAAAACGCCAUCAUCACCGGCGCCUCCCGCGGCAUCGGCCGCGGCAUCGCCCACGAACUCGCCCACCGCGGCGCCAACAUCCUCCUCACCUACCAGAGCGCCCACGCGCAAGCCGAGGAAGUCGUCUGCGACCUCAUCCAGCGACACGGAGUAGACGCAUUCGCCGUGCAGGCCGAGGGCAGUGACAUCGACGCGCCUCCGCGCAUCGUCCGCGCCGCCGUGGAGCGCUGGGGCGGCACCAUCGACAUCAUCGUCAACAAUGCGGGCGCCAGGGACGACUACGCCUUCGAAGAGAUGUCCCACGCGGCGUGGGAGGCGCAGCUCGCCACGAAUCUCCGCUUUCCGGUCUUCCUCAUCAAAGAGGCUACCCCGUACUUUGGCAAGGCGCCCCGCAUCGUCAACUUCUCCAGCAGCUAUGCGCGCGACGGCCAUCCGGGGUGCGCGGCGUACGUGGCUGCCAAGGGGGCGAUCGAGAGUCUGACGAGGUCGUUGGCCACGGAACUGGGCCAUAAGUAUAAUGCGACCGUCAAUUGUGUGAGUCCUGGCCCGGUGGAUACGGAGUUGUGGCAGCGAAGCAUUGAGGAUGCGGAGGCGCGGCAGGAUUGGGAAAGGGUGGUCAAGAGUACACCUGCUGCCCCGAGGGUGGCGGACGUCGAUGAUAUUGCCCAGGUGGUGGCGUUCCUCGUCGAAGAGGGCAGUCGGUGGGUUACGGGGAGUGUUGUGAACGCUAAUGGGGGGUUGCUGUUUAAUUAAAUGUCUGGAUGACAUGGUAAAGACUUUUAAG